UCAUUACAAUGCACUGAGCUGGUCAAGUCUCAGCUUUGCCCACAGAACGCAGGUAGGAGAGCACACGAAAUCCCUCCCCAGAGCCAGACCUCUAUGUUCCGUCUCUUGCGCGCUUCGUCGGGUUUGGACUGAAGUCCAACUUAGUUUGUUUAACGGCCUGCUGUUGGCUUUUUGCAGGAGGUGGGGUUUUGGCUCAAGGGUUUUCUCAAUAGUUUUUUUUUUUUUUGCUGUUGAAGUUUGAAACAGACUUUGGCUUCUCGACUGACUAGCUACACGUCUGCUCGCUCGUCUGCUUGCACAGAAGAAGCUUUUUAUCCGUGUGCGUUUCUACUGGAACGAAGAUUAAUACAAAGUAAAGCAUUACCGUAGCCCAGCAAGUGGAAGACCAGAGGAAAAAGGUGCAUUUCAACAUGACAGCGAUAGAUCUGGACACGUACAGCUUGUCACUUUUAACAGCCAAAGAAGACAUCCAAAACCUCAGAUCGUCCACUAACUGGGCCCUUUUCACUUACGAUGGAACCACCAACAAACUCAAACUCUCAGACUCAGGAGCUGGUGGCGUGGCGGAGCUGGCAGGGAAGCUCCACAGCAGUCGGCCGCUCUACGGAUUCUGUCGUGUGGAGGCUCCGGGUUCGGGACAGCCCCGGCUCGUCAUGAUCAUCUGGGUGGGAGAGGGUGUGGAGGAGCCCAGGAAGACAGUGUGUGCCGGUCACGUCCCAGCCAUCAAGAACUUCUUCAAGGAGGCUCACGUCUUCAUCGACGCGCACAGCCCCGCCGAGGUGACAGUGGAGAACAUCAACAACGUCGUCAGCAAGAUAGCGCCCCCUGCUGAGCGGCUGAGGAGGCAGGCCCACGUGGCCGACGCCAAGGAGACAGUGGGCACAAACUACAGGAAGACCAACGCUGCCAUGGAGAUGAGGCGGGUCAACAGGGAAUCUUUCUGGGCGAGGUCUGAGCGCGAGGAGGAGGAGAGGAAGGAGGAAGAGCGGCGGCGUGUCCUGGAAGAGAGGAGGCAGUGGGAGAGGGAGCGAGUGCUGCAGGAGAGGAAGGAGGCCGAGGAAAGGGAGCGCAAGCUGAGCGAGAAGGAGAGCCUGCUGGAGGAGAAGAGGAGACUGCAAGCCAAGCUGGAGACAGAGGCAUGGAAAAGAGAAAAAUCCAAGUGGGAGGAGCAACAGAGGGAGCACGAGGAGGAGAUGAGAGCACGGUUCCGGCGGAGCGAGUCUAUUGAGAUGGCAGCCGAGGCAGCAGUGCUUGUGUCUCAGCGCUCCAUGAACCCAAGAGAAUUCUUCAGACAGCUCUCCUCCUCUUCCAGGACCCCCACAAGCCCAGGCUCCCCACACUCAGGCAAGCCCUUCCGACGGUACCAGCGCAGUCUCACCGACACUGCCUUCAUAUUCAACAAAUGUGACUCCCCCACCUCUCCCCGCAGCCCCACCCCGACCUCGCCCCUCUUCCACCCCUCCAGUCCUUUCCGAGCCCACCCUCUGCGCCACACCAGCUCCCCAUCUCCUUCCAGCCCUGGCAGGGCUGAUCCGACCUUCAGUCCCAUCCGUUCCUCACCCCAGGCCCUCUCUCCCCCCUAUAGCCAGCCCCCGGCACUCCCCAACUCUCCCUGUGCUCUCCAUACCAGCCCUCACCGCUGUGAGGACUCUCCUUCCUCUGCCCCCUCUCCUCCUACAGGGGGAGCUGUCUCUGUGCCCAGUGCUGCUGCAGCAGUACAGAAUUCACCCUCCAGACGGAAUGGAGCCGACAUCACAGAACUGGACACAACCUCAAAAGGGGUGACAAAUUGCAGAGGGGAAGAAGAGUUCAAGGUCGAGACGAUCUACAAAGCGGAGAUCACCUCCAAAGAGCAGGCAGAGCGACCAGCUGAGGUGGACCCGGAGACAAGGCCCUCACCAGUGCACUCACACCCAGUCCUGACUACAGAAACAGACCUGGGAGUAGAGACCGAACUCAAACCCAGGAGAGACACUGGAGUGGAGAACACUCCCUCGGAGACAGUGGAACUCGAACCAGAGCCACCGACGUCCUCUGAAACAGCAGCAGGAACGGAGACACACCUUGUAUUGGAGACACAAAGAGAGGCCGUCCAGAGAAUGGAGAAUGGAUUAAAUUGGGGCUGUGAAGCUCCAGCAGACUGUGAAGCAGCCUCCAUAGAGUCAGAAACAGAGUCAAAGACAGGGCUGCCCUUCACUCCAGCAGAAGAGGUGUUGAGGAGCGAGGAGAAGGAGACGCACCCAGCAGAGCAGCGAGAGUGGGAGGCUGUUACUGCUGGCAUCGUGGGCACCGUGUCUCCGCUGCAGCUCAGUUCAACAGGAGAAGAGUUGCUGAGGAGCAAGAAGGAGACCGAUCCAGCAGAGCAGCGAGAGCUGGAGGCUGUUACUACUGGCAUCGUGGGCACCGUGUCUCCACUGCAGCUCAGUUCAGCAGAAGAAGAGGUGCUGAGAAGCAAGAAGGAGACCGACCCAGCAGAGCAGCGAGAGCUGGAGGCUGUUACUGCUGGCAUUGUGGGCACCGUGUCUCCACUGCAGCUCAGUUCAACAGAAGAAGAGGUGCUGAGGAGUGAGAAGGAGACCGACCCAGCAGAGCAGCGAGAGCGGGAGGCUGUUACUGCUGGCAUUGUGGGCACCGUGUCUCCACUGCAGCUCAGUUCAACAGAAGAAGAGGUGCUGAGGAGCAAGGAGAAGGAGACCGACCCAGCAGAGCAGCGAGAGUGGGAGGCUGUUACUGCUGGCAUCGUGGGCACCGUGUCUCCACUGCAGCUCAGUUCAACAGAAGAAGAGGUGCUGAGGAGUGAGAAGAAGGAGACCGACCCAGCAGAGCAGCGAGAGUGGGAGGCUGUUACUGCUGGCAUCGUGGGCACCGUGUCUCCACUGCAGCUCAGUUCAACAGAAGAAGAGGUGCUGAGGAGUGAGAAGAAGGAGACCGACCCAGCAGAGCAGCGAGAGUGGGAGGCUGUUACUGCUGGCAUCGUGGGCACCGUGUCUCCACUGCAGCUCAGUUCAACAGAAGAAGAGGUGCUGAGGAGCGAGGAGAAGGAGACCGACCCAGCAGAGCAGCGAGAGCAGGAGGCUGUUACUACUGGCAUCGUGGGCACCAUGUCUCCACUGCAGCUCAGUUCAACAGAAGAAGAGGUGCUGAGGAGCGAGGAGAAGGAGACCGACCCAGCAGAGCAGCGAGAGUGGGAGGCUGUUACUGCUGGCAUCGUGGGCACUGUGUCUCCACUGCAGCUCAGUUCAACAGGUAAAGAUGGAGUGAUAGAAACUGAGGAAGACAUACAAAAGGAGCUGACGACUGAGAUGAGUCUGGAAGAGGAGGGCAAAGGGGAGACAGAGGAGGAGGAGGGAGAGAGAGAGUCAACUGUAGAACACAAUGGCAGAGCAGAACUGAACCACCAGACGGAAGAGCACUGUCCCCAAAAUGCACCAAAGCAGGACUCUGUGUCAGCUCGCUGCAGAGCAGUGCAUGCUGGGACUGAAGUUGACCACACAACCAAAGAGCAGGAAGAGAGGAGUGAGAAGGUGAAUGGAAAGGAACAUUCCAAAGAGCCAGAGAGAGAGAUGUGUGUACGGGCACUGUACGACUAUCAGGCUGAAGACGACUCUGAGCUGUCAUUUGAACCUGGUGACAUCAUCAGUGCUGUGGAGAUGGUGGACCAGGGGUGGUGGCGUGGCUGCAGUGAAGACGGUCGGCAGGGUCUCUUUCCAUCCAGCUACGUGGAAACCCUUUAGAAAAGGACAGGGGAUUGGGGGAGGGGGUCACAUUUAAAAGCUUCCCAGACAAAAAGGGCUUCUAUUGAUCCUGUACACUGCCCCCUUGUGGAACAUGUGAUUAUUGCAGGUAGAACACAGAACACAGCUCUUUCUGAAGCCCUGUGCUGGUUGUUAGUGGUUUCAGUGGCUUACCAAUGUGUGUAAUUCAGUGUUUUUAUUUUAUUUUAUUUUAUUUUUUUAUCUGCUUUGCUUAUAAAGUCUUAAAGCUAUCAUACGAUCGUUAUCAAUUGGAUACUAUCUUCAACUGAAAGCAGAC